CAUGCCUAGGGGCUUGAUUGUAUACACCUGUGUCCAUGGAGGGGAUUGGAACACCUGAAUCACAUGACUGGGAGGGGAUUGGAACACCUGAAUCACAUGAUUGGGAGGGGAUGGAACACCUGAAUCACAUGAUUGGGAGGGCGGGGCCAAUACUUUUGGCAAUAUAGUGGGCGGACUGACAACUCAUGGGGCCCCUGGGCAAUAGGGGAUCAUGGAACACCUGAAUCACAUGAUUGGGAGGGGAUUGGAACACCUGAAUCACAUGAUUGGGAGGG